AUGUUUCCAUCAUGGUCAUGGUCGUCCGUUGAUAAUGAGAUACGCUUCUGCCACAAAUCCCACAUAUGGAAGAAAAUCUCUGCAUCGCUAGCACAAAUUGCUAUCCCGUCCUCCCAGGAUGGGCACAUAUCAUGGAAAGUUCUUCAAAAUACAUCAACAGAGCCCCACGAGCUAGAUCCUUUUCAGCGUGACAAAACGAAUAUUCGGGCUCGUCUUGCUGUAUUAAUAGCCUGGAAGGGAGGUUGCUUCCCAGGUAAGCUCCCGAAAGCUCUUGAUGCUAAGGUUACUUGGGAAGAAUAUGAUAAUAUCAUUCGGAGAAGAUGGUCAUCGCUUGCCCAGAUGGGUGAUGAAGCAUACUGCAUGCAAGGAGGCCUCCUCGCUGUGAGCGACCAAGAGGCAAGGUUUCCACUUAAAGCCCAGCAUGCUUGUCUAGAUGGAUGCAUCCUUGUUCAUACCCAGUCGCUUAGGCUUCGGAUGAAAGGCCCUGAAGACUCCAUGGACUAUGUCAAGCUUCUCGAUCAAGGUGGCAACAUGGUUGGGUGGUUAGAACCUACUUCUAUUAACUGGGGACGCCUUCGUCAUAUUCCUGAUUGGAAUAAUGGAGCUAAAUUCGAUGUCCUGGCUUUGUCCUUGCCGUACGAAGGAAAAUAUACUGUUUCGUACUCCGAAUCUCAUCCUGCAAAAAGCUAUGGUCUCGACGUCGCGGACUGGCGUGACUCGGAACAAAAAACCAUCUUUACAGACGACCACACUAGUCACUACUAUGUCCGACUUGCCACUGUGAACUUGAUGGUUGUUGAGUCAGAAAGCGGCAUCAGGAAGCGCGUUGCACUUGCAGAGGCUGCUCUGAAAAUCUGGAUACAAGCAAAACCCCAGUUUCACACCUUUGUUCUUGGAUAG